GGAAACUGACAUUUUGAACUAGAGAGGGCUUCGGUGGUUAACAAGAUAAAAGUUUCAGACUUUAUGCUGAUACUUAUUUUGUAGUAUCCGUGUUUGUCUUAUCAAACCAGAAUCUCGUUGAGACUAAAACAGGUUCACAUCUGUAAACAUCCGCUAAGAAGUUCGUGUUUACAGGCACAGGGAGUCUGAGACAGCUGAUAAUAUGUGUGGAGUCUGAGUAUUGUCCUCUGUUUUAAAUAAGAAGCCCUUCAUUUAUUCUGUGGGAGAAGAAGCAUCACCAUCCAUGGCCAACAAACCAACUGGGCGAGGCUUAUACAUUCGGGAAAAUCCAGAUGCCGAUGAGUGCUGUGAAAACAUUCCACCCGGGGGCACUGUUAAAGCUGGGACUUCUAAACUCAAAUGGCCCCAUGAAGAAAACAAGCCUCUUUCUGACACCUGCACCUUUUCAACCCCUGCUCCAACAGGCAGCAAGCCAAAGUCACGGAUUUCUUUCCAGUCUGCUCUGACACCAAUUUUAAAAUACUUAAAUAUUGGCAACAAAUCUCCAGAAAGUUCAACACAUGAAAAUAAUCGUCGUCAGACACUUUCUCUUUUCUCCUUUGGUGCAGCCACAGCAGAUUGUCAAAAAUCAACAAAAGGUUCUGUCCAACAGUUAAACUCAGAUCCCCCUAGUAGCUAUUCUGGGCAAUUAUUCAGUGACAUGGAUGGUCCUGUGUCCUUUCUAGGUGACGAAUGCUUGCCAGAAGUGACCCUAUUUGAUUCUAUAUGUGAUUCUACCAUACAGCUUACUAGAAAUGACUCCCCUGCUCCUGACUGCACACCUGCAACUUCUGCGAGCACAAGCCCUAAAAUAAAUAUUCCUGAAAUUCAUCCUCCUGAUCUUUCACAACAUAUGGCAACAACAGAGAUUACAGACCCAGAUGUCAAAAUGAUUGAUGCCUCUCAGAACAAGCAUGCUCCGGUCCCCUGGCUGAUACUUGACAAAUUCUUGCCAGAAAUUACUCUCCUUGAUGUUACACGUGAUUCACCAUUAUCACCAGGAGAACAGACAUUCUCCAUGGAUGUGACUCAGGCUCUUCCGCCGCUUGAUUUGAAACGUGACAGGUCUUUUAACGGAAUGGAAAAUGGAAAAAUUGCGGCACAGCCUAGCAGUUCAGAUGUCAUCUCGGGCGAAAAGUUGCCAAGUACAAGUGUACAAUCCGACAAGUGUGUGGGGGAAAGCACAGCAAAAACCUCUUUGGAUGUAACUCAGGAUAUUACUAUGGGAAGUGUUUUGGAAAAUAGCAAGUCUUCAUCAGAGCCCAGUGAAUGUAAUAUAGAGACGAGUCAAGCAUCAGCAGGGGAUACACUUGGGAAAAAUCCUGCUAAUGUUACUCGAGAAAUAAUAUCUUCUAGUGACAUAUCUGCAGACUCUAAUGUGGAGUGCAGCGCUAAUCAAAAAGUUACCUCAGAGAUCCGGGAAGAACCUGUGGAGUUUUCUGGUAAACUUGAAGCUAUCAUUGAAGAGCUGAUUGCCAGCCAUGAAGCAAAGUCAGCCAGCGAGCCCAGUGGACAAAAUAUGAAGAUGAGCUCAACAUCACCUGAUGAUACAUUUAGCAGUCAACCAGCUAAUGUUACACAUGACACAACCUCGUCCAAUAACACAUCAGCUCAGAGUGUAAGGUCUACAUCGAAUAUGGAGUGUAGUAGUAGUCAAAAGAACGUCCCCUCAGAACUUGUCGAAUCUUGUCACAAAGUAAACGAUGAGGACACUGAGUUGAAAAACUACGCGACACAGCCAAACCCAAAAGCAUCAGCCUCCGGGAAUGGGACAUUUAAUGUCGUGCAGGCCGCUGAUCUGAGCGUGUCUACUGAUUUAAAUACUACUGCUUCAGUUUCCCACUCUCAGAAUAAGACACUGGAUCUUCCUCCAUUUAAUGUAAGCUGCACCAAAGAUGGGACUUCAGGUCAAGCAAGUUUUGGCACCACUGAAACAUCCCCCAUCACAAAUCAAAAUUGCUCAUCUGUAAAGCAAUGUGCUCCGUUUGCUGUGCAGAACACCACAUUUGAAAAGCAUUCUCUGCAUAAAAGCAGUGGCAGCACAGUAUUAGGGGAAGACCUCAAGAACAACACCUUUGAUUCUCAACCACCUUCCAAGAAGAGCGACACAGUAACUUUGUUGGAAACGGUCCAGAGUGACAGUAGCCAAAUUGCUUCAAAGCCUAAUAGCACAAUAACUCUGACAGAAAUGAGCUCAUGUGACGGUCACCAAAGUGCUUCCAAGCCAAAUGGAACAAUAACUUUAUCAGAGGUGAACCCGAGUGACGAUCACCACAAUACCUCCAGGCCCAAUGGCACCAUAACUUUGUCAGAAACAAGCUCAUGCGACAUUCGCCCGAGGUCUUCAGAGAAGCCCUCCACACCUGAAGUCGGUAAUCUAACCACCAGCCCAAAAGACAACAAUAUUGACAUUGCCCCUGAUCUAUCAAAGCAUAAUGUUACGACAGAUGCUAAGGACCAUAGUGCCAAGGAGGUUGAAACCCACGAUGACGCUUCUGAAGGUGGUAGCUGUGAGACUAAAGAUCUUUCAGGUCUGCCUGUGGUGGGCAGGCUCUCCGAUUCUUUAAACCGUCAAAGCUUUGGUGCAGUGAACCUCAAAGCCAAGUCUUUCAAUUUGGAUGACACCCUGGAUUUAAAGGCAGACUGCUUGAUUACUUCAACACCAAUGACUAACUGUAAAAUGUUCAACUUGAACACUGAGCAAGUUGAGGGCUUACACAUAGGAGUACAGAAGAAGCUGUACACAGAUGGUCCCGGGAAGCCAGCUGAUCAGGUGCCAUCAGACCCUCCAUCAAACCUUGUCUGUGACCGUAAAACAUUCUUGAAACUGCCAGCUGCUAAAUCCCUUUGCCCUCCCCCGAAAGCUGGAGCUCAGCUGAUGAAAUCAAAGUCACAUUCCUCAAUUCCAGCCAGGUUGAAUACAGUGGCAUCCAACUUACCUACGAAAAGACAAAGAACCCAAGCUGAAGCUUCAAGAAACACUGCUGCCACUGCCCCUGAUGCACCCCAGGGGACCACAGGAGUAACAUCCUGCUACAACCUGCGUGCUACAGCAACAGGAUCCAAGCUGCCCGCUUGUGGCUCACAAAGAUCGCAGUUUAGUGGAAUCCCAUCAGGGAUCCAGAGAGCUACUAUGUGUCUUAGGCCACCUUUAACAAGAAGCAGUACAGCAAUUUCUUCAAGUACCGACAAGCUCUGUGGACCUACAGCAACUAACCCUGUGACCAAGACUUCACAAGCAAAGAAGCACCCUCUAACCAGAGCUGAAAGUUUGCUAGUGUCAAAGAGGAAGAAAAUGGAUGCUUCCGAUCCAUGCAAUAGUGUCGAAGCUCCAGUAUCUGCCUGUGAUGCUACAAACAAAGCGACAAUCCUCAAGCAGCCCAGUAAGAGAGCUUUGCCUGCCAAAGCUCAAGGACAAGGUUGUGCAAAAUGUGCUGAGCUUGAAGAACAACUUAAACUGAUAUCAGAAGAAAACACAAGGCUGAAAGAAGAGUUGCUGAAAUACACUAAACGAGAUGUCCCAGUGAAAUCCCAGUGUUAAUACUUUAAAGCAUAUCUGCUGUUUUUUAAUGUUUAUAAUUACAUAAAAUAAUUUACUCACUGAA